AGGUUGUUGUUAGCGAAGGUCAGUUAAAGACUCAGUCAGCCAGUCACAGUCUGUCAGCCUGGCAGUCAGCAGCAGCAACAGCAGCAGCAGUCGCUUAAGUGACGUGAUGUGAUGUGGUGGUGGUGGUGGUGAGGGCGAGAGGAGGAUACCGUGUGUUGGUGAAGGAGAAGCAGCAGCAUUAGUGUUGGUGGAUGUUUUUUUUUUUUUUUUUUUUUUUUUUUUUGUCGAGUCGUUAUCGGACGUUUCCUCUCUCGACCUGUCAAAGCGUCCUUCGUGGCUGUCUUCUGCGUCUCCGUCGUCGUCGUCGACGUUCAACCUCGAGCCAUGGAGGAGGGCUGGUGCCGUUGGGCACGUCGUCUCCUCCACCUCUUCCUCCUGCUGCCCCUCGUCAGCAGUUGUAGCAUUAAUACAAGGCGCUCCCGGGCGUGCCACGAAUGGCGCCUCCUCCUCCUCCUCCGCAUCUCCUGCUGUUGUUGAAAAGAGUGCACGACGUCGUUGUGGUUCUGUGGUGGUAAUGUCGUCGCUCUGGUCGUCUCUGUCGUUGCUAGAGGGAAGAAAAAGUAAGUUGGUUAAGUGGCGUUUGUGAUAAGUGAACAGAAAUAACGACAGUUCAUUUGCCUACAAAUUAAAAGGAGUCUUUGAGUCUUCGGGCGUCUUGCUGUCGCUCACAGACGACGAUGAUGAACGCGACCGGCACUCACUCGAGCGGCCUAUUGGCAUCGUCGCCUUCGUCGGCGUCAUCCGCCGUCGCCGAUAUCCGAAACUCAAGCGGCGGCGCCAUGGGGGAGGAGGACGACAUCGUAGCUUCCCUGAACCUGCCCUACACGGUGUGCGAAGUCCUGGUGGCGGUGAUGGCGGUCAUCGGCAACGCCCUGACGAUCGUCGUCUUCGUGAAAGAGCGCCGACUUCGUCGCCUUACCAACUACUACAUCGUGUCGUUGGCCCUGGCCGACUUGCUCGUGGGGAUGCCCGGGAUACCCUUCGCCAUCCUGACGUCGGUGGGCAUCCCCCACAACUCUUACAUGUGCCCUCCGAUGCUCUCCCUCCUGUUGAUGCUGUGCACCGUCUCCAUCUUCUGCCUGGUUGCCGUCAGCGUCGACAGGUACUGGGCCAUCCUGUACCCUCUGCGAUACUCCAGGGUCAUGACCGCCAAAAUUGCCAGACGAAUCAUCCUGCUGUGUUGGCUAGCAGGGAUCUUCCUGGGCUUCCUGCCCCUGAUGGGGUGGCGGCAGGAGCACGAGGGCGGCUGCUACUUCGUCAAGGUCAUGGACUACAAUUACCUCGUGUUCAUCUACUUCAGCACCAUCGUGUUCCCUGGCAUCCUGAUGGCCUUCUUCUACACGCACAUCUACACAGUCGUCCUCAAACAGACGAAACUUUCAGUCAAAUCGGAGCACGGGACGCUUCGGCAGAUAGCAGCCCAGGAACCUCAAUCGGAGGCUGGGUCAGUCUGUACCCAACACGGAGGCAGCCAGAGGCAGAGGCCCCACUUCCUCGUCAGCCGAAAUCAGAGCCGCUCCCAAUCUGAGGUCAACAGGUGUGACUCCCGUAGGUGCAGUACCUCGACCAACGUCGUCCACCAGCCGCCAAUUCCGAGGACUUCCAAACUUUGGCCCCCUAAACCCUUCACUCGCCGCUGUCUCCACCCCCUAGACUUUUUCCAGCACUCUUCUUUGCGUCACCUGGGCCCUACAUCACCCAGUGAUGAGGGCACCACCGACACUACUCUCCGUACCACUUCUCCUUCCUGUCAAACCCUCCUUCACUCCAACCAUCGAAAUCAUAAUCAUCACUACCACCAACAAACCGUCCACCAACAGCAUUCAUCACUCUUUGAUUUACGCAACCACCAAGAGGAGAGUCUCCACCACAGCCUUCUCCGCCACAAUUUUGAAGGGGCUUUGAAGAGGAGCUCUGAGGAAUUACGAAGCAAGUCCACGAGGACGCUCGCUGAGGACGAGAGAACAGCUCUCGGAAAAGAGGAAGUCAAGAACCCCGAAGGGACCGAGAAAAGAAAGUGUUUGUUGUCGAACUCACAAGAGCCCUCUAGGAAUCAGAGUAAGGAGGCAGAGGAGGAGUUGGGUGAGAAGGAAGAAGACGCUGAAGAGAAGGAGGAGGAAGAGGAGGAUCUCUGUGCCAUGACACCCAUGAUCAGGAUAAGCAAAGUGAAACCAGAGGCUGAGGGAUUGGGAACCCCUUCAGAUGACCUGACCUCAGCGAGACCUUUCAAGAACGACAAGCCCGCGAAGAGAUUCUUGGGCGACCGAACUCCCGAGAAGUCAUCUGCCUGUACUAAAGACAACCAUGGCUCUCGAAGUCCCCGAAGGAGUGAGGACGCGGGGUCCCGUCGAAGCAGUACAUUGUCAUACGUACUGUACCAGGUGACCCACGCCAAUAAACGUGAGGUGAAGGCUGCUAAGAGCUUGAGCAUCAUAGUGCUGUUCUUCCUGAUCUGCUGGUUUCCUCUGUACACCAUCAACUUUGCCCAGUCAUUCUGCCCAAGGUGUACUCUAGUGACGCCGGAAGCUAUGUACUUCACCAUCAUCCUGACACACGUCAAUUCGGCUGUCAAUCCUUUCCUCUACGCUUAUCACAUGAAGGAUUUUCGUCACGCUCUGAAGACGUUCAUCCUAGAGAAAAUACUGAGACGGAAGGCGCAGUCUGAGCCUCUCUCUCAUAGGAGUUUGGUGUCCCCUCACCAUUCGACUUUGUACCGUGUGGCUGUGGGAGGGGGUUCUCCACAGCUGGCGAACUUCCACACCCCACACACACACAACACUCCUAUUCAAAGCUCGUCAUCUCCAGUUGCUGGGACCCCAAGUGGCAACAGGUCACGUUCGUCAACUCUUGGUAGCUACGGGCACUGGUUGCAGUCGAAAGGCGUGUCCUCGACGGUGUCUCUGGGUAAAACUCCAGAGGAUAAAGAUGAACCACUGUGUCGACCGAGGGCUGCCACCAUUACCUCGCACACGUCUCCAGCCUCUGUGCAUUCAGCAGAAGAGGCGUGUCUGAAGAAGCCCUUGCUCUCGGCGUCCAACUUGCUGACUUUAACUCACGAAUCUUGUGGUGGUGGUGAAAUCACUGAGCACCAAACAGUUUCUUCGUCAUCAGAUGCUGUAACUAUAAAUUUCAGUGCCACGGACCCUACAGAAGUUGUCAUUGGUUUUGAUCAGUACAGUGAUGGGCUGUCAGCCAUCACAGACGAUUCAUUUGAUCAACAAGUGCGAGUCAUCCCUACCCUCCAGCUAAAUGAUUCCAAGUUGCCACCUGGAAAUACAACCCCUCUCUCAGAUGCUUAUCAAAAUUCAACCACCCCUUUAACAGCAGAGAGUUCUUUGGAGUUUGUAAGGAAAAUUGCUGAUUCCACUGAACUUAGUUCUGCAUCUGGUGGUGACGAACUUGCAUUUUAUUCAAGAAAUAUAACAAGUGAGGCCACGUAUAACAGGCCUAUGGGAAGAAAUGCCAACUGUGAGAGCGAAUGCCCUUUGGGAUCAGCUAAGUGUUUAUCAGAUCACGAUAUGUGCGACCUUGAACGCAGUAUUACUGAUGAUGGCAAAAGGUUGAGUGAAUCAACGUUAAGUCAAAAUUGUUUGACACGUGAAAACAAACCAAAUGGAACGGACCAUUCCAUAAAUUCAAGCGGUGGCAAAAGAUUAGCAGCUUCUGAAAUAAACGUGUCUCAGAUUCCCAACGGGACUGAGGACAACAUUACCUCGAGUUCGACUGGUAAAUACGAGAGUACCAAUAACUGUGAUGUUUUAAGCAAAAGAAAAGAGAGUGAAAUCAUGAGGUUGGAGGAAACUCCUAAACAGCCUCGAAAACAUGAGGCUACAACGGACGAGUCCUCUCCCCUAUCUCAGGAGUUUUACAGAUACCUACCAAAAAUGUUGCGUAAAAAAGACGAGAAUAAGAAAAGCAAAAGUGCAAGGACAGGGAAGGGCUGGCUUUCCAGCAUGAUGAGAAACAGGUCCUAUCACGGCCUCUCUGUGGAGGUGGCAGGGUCCAAACAGCUUCCAAGGGCUAAGAGCAUUAGUGGUGCAAUGGACACGUAGCCCAACUCAAGUCAUUUAAAAACUACACUGAAGUUUCUCCCUUGGAACGAUGUAUAAUUCCCAUGGAUAAUAAUAGUUCUUACUGUGAACUGAGUCUCUAGUUGUUUUACCAAAAAAAUAUGCUAGUUGUAAUUUAAUCCUAAGGAUUUGUGUUUCAUGUCUGCACGUGUGUCAUGAUGUAUUGCUAACUGCAUUAUUGUUUAAGAAAAACUUUGUUUUAUUUCAAAAUGGUUUCAGGUGCAAUCUACUGAUGCCCAAGAGUCAAUAACUUAAGGAAGUGUAACUUCAUUAUUCACUGCAAUGUACGCUGAUGUAUUCCAUGACUGGAACUAUAUAAAAAAAAACGUAAUAUGCUAAUUAAUCCUUUACUGAAUGGUGUAAACUAGUCAAAUAAUGAUUCCUUCAAGAUCCAGAGCCCAAACUUCAAUUUUCAAACGCAUGCCAACCAUUUAUUAGUAUAUUUUCAUUGUUUAACGCUGGUUUACGAUUCAAAUGCCAUUUUCUUUUUUGAAGUCUUCUUUCUGGAAAGAUUAAACGAUAGGAAACAUGCACAAAAAAAAACUUGGAAUAUAUUCAUUGUGAGGUGGUGCUUUCAAUGCAGUCUAGUCCUACAUUUGGAAAAUACUCAUGAGUUACCUGACAAAAUAUAACAAUGGAAUUCAUUGAUGUGCAAAGAUGAAUAAAAACCCUAUUUGCCGCAAUUGUGUAAUGUACUAUUUUCUGUAUGAAAAAACAUCCCUAUGGC